AUGUCUUCUGCCCCACCAACAAGCGGGCUCCCCGCUCAAACUUGGACACGGGAAAACAAACCCGAGUUCAUCAUCUCCACCGACCCGUCUCUCCUCUCUGUACCAGCAGUAAAUGCAGCAUUUGGCCGAGAGUUCAUCUACUGGAUCAAAAAGCCUUUGCCUGAACAAGUCCUGUGGCAAAUGCUCCACGGCGCCUUGAGUUUCGGCGUAUACAAAGUCCAACCCGGAGGCUCUAUCACCCCAGAUCAGACCGAGCAGAUUGGUCUGUGUCGUGUAGCCACAGAUGGUGCUACAUUUGCCUAUAUCUCCGACACUUAUGUGCUGCCUGAAUACCAAGGCCAUGGUCUAGGUGACUGGCUUGUGGGUUGUGUUGCAGAGACCUUUUCGAAAGAGAGAAUGCCGUAUCUGCGUCGCAUUAUGCUGCUUACGGAUGAUGAGCGUUUGCAGAAGUUCUAUGGCCGACUUCUCGGCGUUGGAGUCGUUGGUUCUGAAAAACGAGAGGAUAUUGGGAGAGACUUGGUUUUUAUGUGUGCCAGACCCUGA